GGCGGCAGCGGCCGGGCCCCGCACGCUCCAUGGCGGCCGCUGCCGGCCCCGACGAGGCGGACGAGGCGGUGCGGGGAACCUGCGAGGACGCGUCCGUCUGCAAACGGUUUGCUGUGAGUGUUGGCUACUGGAAGGACCCUUACAUCCAGUAUUUUGUGAGACAAGCCAAAGAAAGAAAAGCACCUGAGAUCAACAGAGGUUAUUAUGCUCGUGUGCACGGGGUCAGUUACCUGAUCAAGGCUUUCCUGGAGAAGACAGAAUGCAACUGUCAGAUUGUUAACCUUGGGGCUGGCAUGGACACCCUGUUCUGGAGGCUGAAGGAUGAAAAUCUUCUCCCUAGAAAAUAUUUUGAAGUGGAUUUUCCAAUGAUCGUUGCAAGAAAAAUACAUAAUAUCAAAUCAAAACCUCCCCUGUCAAAACCAAUUAUGGAAUCCCAUUCAGGGGACUCUCUUCUAAUAGAUUCCCACAGCCUGGACUCCAGUCGAUAUUCCAUAGUGGGAGCAGACCUCCGAUUCUCAUCAGAUCUGGAGGAAAAGCUAAAGAAACACAGCUUGGAUGUUCAUUUGCCAACGCUGCUGGUGGCCGAGUGUGUGCUGGUUUACAUGACCCCCCAGCAGUCUGCAAACCUGCUCAAGUGGGCAGCAAGCACCUUCCCCGUGGCCAUGGUUAUCAAUUAUGAGCAGGUGAACAUGAGGGAUCGCUUUGGGCAGAUCAUGAUUGAGAACCUGCAGCGCCGGCAGUGUAACCUGGCUGGGGUGGAGCUCUGCAGCUCCCUGGACUCCCAGAGGGAACGGCUGCUGGUAAAUGGCUGGGAAAACGCCCGUGCCAUCGACAUGAUGAAGGUGUACAGCUUCCUGCCACAGGCUGAUGUCAAAAGAAUAGAAGCCCUUGAAUUCCUGGAUGAAAAGGAACUGUUUGAACAACUGAUGCAGCACUACUGCAUCUGCUGGGCUUGCAAGGACAGCAGCAACCUGGGUCUGGCAAACAUCGACUUCUGAGGGGAGGGGAGCCCCAUGGACGUGGAGAGGAUGGGAUUUGCAGGUGGCAGCCCCGGGCUGUGGCUGGGACAGCUCCUGCUGCUGCUGCUGGGGCCAGGCCUGGUGCCUUGGGGUGGUUUCAAGGAACAUUUUCUGGGAGCAGGACUUGCCUCCCGUUCCCAGCUGCCUAACGGUGCACAAGGUGUCAGUAACUCCUGUUUAAAGCUUGCCUUCCUUAGUUUAAAGCUGCAAGUGAAGUGUUCUUGGGUUCCUUGGUUUCCCUCUGCCGUGUUUUUGUGGAUGUGUAGCUGGUGUUUGUGGCAGGAGCCUGGGGAGCAGCGCUGGGCAGCUGCAGCAGAGGAGCUGCCCUGGGCAUGGCAGGGAGGGAAUUCUGUGUGUUCUGUUCUGGUCAGCUCAGACCCUGAUGAAGUGUUGGCUUCUCCAGGCUUCACUGCUGCUCACUGUCACUGCUGGGUGUUCCUGGAGGGGAAGGGGGAAGGAGGAGGAGGGCCCUGGCUGUGUUCAGCCAUGUACAAGAAACUGGAAAAUGGGUUUGAUUGAACUGGGAAAGGCUUAGCUUGUGGUGUCAGCACUGGGAUGCUGAAGAAAGAAAUUAAUCUCAAUUUGCACUGCUUCUGGUAGUAUCUUUACACCAGUUCCUCCUUCUCUCUUUCCCCUUAAAAGAAGCAAAACAAAAUCCCAAUAGCAAUGAAAGCCCUUGUCCUGUUGUUUGAAAUUGAAUCUUGCAACCUUCCUAUGAGAAAAAUAAUAAAUGUUUAGUAUUUAUAA